AUGAGAAGAGCUGUAUCGAAGAUACUACCUUCUCCGAGUGGUAGUAACUCUACUUCUACGUCAAAACUUGGUGCUUCAUCAUUUGCUUCAACGUUCAAGUUGGACUUUCAUGCUGUUGAUGAAUUCUAUGUACAAUUGGAUAACCCUCACAAGACUUGGUUGCCUGGAGAUGAAGUGUCGGGACAGAUUGUAUUGAUAUCGAAACGGAACUUGGCAAAUAUAGUGAUCACUUUAUCGUUGAUUGGAUUUAUCAAAAUUAAUGCUUCUUCACAUUCCAAACUUCGGCCGCUUAAACAUACACUAUUUGAUCACACCAUAAAGAUAUACGGUGGUAAUGACAAUAUAGGUGGUGGUGGCAGUGGUAGUGGUAGUGACAACAAUAAUAAUGAAGAAUUCACUAACGGGCUCAACAAGGGAGAACAUGUAUUUCCAUUUAUUGUUAAACUACCGAACAAAAAAGUAUUCACAUCAAUUGAUUUCGGCAAGGGGUCAAUAAACUACUCGCUAAAGGCCUCAUUAGGUAACGCAUCAUCAUUUACGACCGACUUGUCUAAUAAUCUACCCACUUCAUCCAAUGAGCUAUCGUCAGGGAAAAAGAAGUCACUGCAUAACCCUUCCUAUUCGUCGGAAAAAUUGAUAAGCCUAAUAAACCCUAUAGAUGUAUCAACACUCCCACGACCUAAGCCAAAACGACUAAUAUUGAAAGACCCUAGAGGAAACUUGACCAAAGACAAAAAGCUACUGCGUACACAGUCAUCAACAUCAACUAUAAAUACCGUGCACACUUUUGGUACCGUAUCAUCCAACAACCUGGAACAAAACUCCAUUGGUGAACAAUCGUCUCAAGCAAACUCGGCUGAGCUUGGACAACAUCACGAUAGACUGACGCUAAGCUUCAAUAAACCACCAUCCACGAUUAAAGUAAUAUUGGAUGUACCACAACGAGGAUAUCUACGGGGAGAAUCAAUACCAGUGAAAUUGACAGUACACCAUUUGAAGAAAAUCCAGGACCUCAAUGGAAUAAUUAUAACAUUUGUUCGGGUUUGUCGACUAGAUAAUGGCCCUGAUGGAGUAGUGGAGAGUUUUAGAAAAGAUUUGCAACAAACAGUCUUGCCAUUAUAUGUUGACCCAGUAACUUUGAAUUCCGAAGUGAAAACGUCAUUAAGAGUACCUCCAGAUGCGUUCCCUACAAUCACUGGGUGUCCCUUGGUAUCUUUCCAGUAUUUUAUUGAAGUCCUCAUCAAUCUAUCUGGGCGAUCAGUAAAUGUUGAUCCUGACCUUGUGGCUGAUCGACAUCUGCCCGAUACCAACAACAAUAUUCAACAGCCGCAACUGAAGACAGCAACUUCAAUUGAAAGUUUCCAGUUCAACUUCAAUUCUACCAUACAAAACCAAAAAGACCGUUCUACAUUUAUCAACACUGAUCGGUUCAAGCGAUCAAAAAAGUUUUUACAAUUGACCACUGAAAUAUGCAUCGGAACUCAUCGACUGCAACCAAGCGAUGAAGAAGUGCAAACUCUUUCAUCACCCGAGCACAUGGCUAAUUUAUCCCAACGUUCGUCGUCACCAUUGUCCAAUUCUAAUUUGUCACCGGCAUUGUUCAAUACCACUUCAUCAAGUCAUCCUUCACCACAAAUUCAAACUGCAUCAAGCAAUUCGCCAUCUUUUUUUAACCAUACUCCAAUUCCUUCAUCAGCACCAGGAGGUGCACAAGCAGUUGCUGUUUCUAAUGCAAACUCAACUAGUGGCUCAGCAUCGUCAGCACCAUCGGCAACAACAAAUUCACCUCAACGAUACCCAUUUAUAAAUUCAAUACCCGAAUCAAGUGAAUUGAAUCAUUUCCAAACUCCACCAUACUCAAGCAAUGCCGAUGAUGCUCAUGCUGUCGGAGACGCACCUCUUUACAAUGAAGAUCACACGACAAUUCUGAGUGAGUUUAUGCAAAACUUACACGAGAAUUCAGGCUUAACUGAAAAGGAAAGAAUGCAGCAACAUGAAAGUAGUUUGUUGCCUUCAGCGCCACCAGAUUUGGACCAAGAUGAUGAUAAUGAUAAUGAUGGGAACGAGGCAGAAAUUGAAAAUGAAGAGCAGCAGACACAAAGUAAUUCGGAAGAACGCCAAACCCAAGUACCUACUCAUCAACGUCAACAAUAUCAAGUUGUCAAUCCUGGAGAAAGUAACAAUCAAGUACCACCACAACCUCGACACGAUCAUAAUGAACAGCCCCAGAUCAAUUUUUUCACCUAUCAUCAACCAGCGCCACCACAAUCACAGAUUUCCCAAAGCAACACCACCAACAACAGAAGCGUCACAAAUAACAAUAGCAAUAAUAGCGGUGAUGGUUUGCAUGACGAUCACUUUGGGUUAUCGCGCAAUGCGUCGAAUUCAUUAGCCAACCAGUUAUUCAAUGACGAAGUACUUGAUCAUGUGCCGGGGUAUCUGGAUGCUGAGCAUGAUCGAUUGCUUUCACAAGCACUGGAUGCACCGCUGCAACAACAACAACAACAACAAACGCGCCAGAUACAGCAGAGUCAACAAACACCAGAAUCACGACCCGGUGAAUAA